UCAUCCAAUGAAUUGGUACACUUAAAGGUUGGUUAUCGCUGUAAAAUAACAUUGGCGCCAUUUUCUCUGCAACAUCGGAAAAAGGAGAAAUUCACGAUUAUUGUGUUAAAAAUCGUAUUUCUUUCUUAAAACGAAUAGGCCUAUAUUCAGGGAUCAUGACUCGCACAAAGGGUCAUAGAUCAUCUGCACGGAUUGUAUAUCCAUCUGGGGUCAAGGAAUUAACCCCUGACCUCUCUAAAGAUGAGCUCAUGAGAAGAUUAAAGGCCCUUGCUCGAGCUUUCCAAGACAUGGAGCAGGAAGAGGAAACUGACCGGUACGAGCCCUUGGCUCAGCACCUCGUCAAGGAUAUUUUCUUCAAGCACCAGAGUAAAGAUAUACGACUACUGGUUGCCUGUUGCCUAGCUGAUAUCUUCAGGAUAUUUGCACCGGAGGCUCCUUACAAAACCAUGGAAACAUUAAAGGCCAUUUUCCGCUUCAUCACAAAGCAACUGUGGGGAUUGGAGAAUGUCGAAAGCUCAUCAUGGAAGCGCUACUUCUACCUACUGGAGAACCUAGCAAUGGUUAAGUCCUACAACAUAUGCAUGGAGCUUCCCGAUUCAAAUGAAAUAUUUGUGGAACUUUUUAAUGUAUUCUUUACCAUAAUAAGUGAAAACCACAGCCCUAAGGUGCGUACUUUUAUGCUUGACAUCAUGUGUCCUCUGAUCAGUGAGAAUGACGCUGUUACAUCAGAGUUGCUGGAACGCAUUUUGGUAAAUCUUUUGGACUCAAAGAAGAUCGAGAACUCAAGUGCUUUCACGUUAGCAAAAGAUCUAAUCAAAAGAACUGCUUCAAGUAUCGAACCAUCCAUUCAAGUUAUGUUCAACAGCAUCCUAAUACUAGGAAAAAAAGACAAUACUGAGCUAGGCCCGUACAUGUAUGAGCUGAUCUACCAGCUGAACCAAGUGUCAAGCAAUAUACUCUUGUCUGUUCUACCCCAACUGGAACUCAAGCUGAAGAGUAAUGAUGAGCGUGAAAGGUUGAGUGUUACCAAAUUGCUUGGAAAGAUGUUUUCAGAUAAAGAUUCUGACUUGGCAACCCAGCAUAAACCACUAUGGAACUGCUUCUUAGGAAGAUUUGGAGAUAUCAACAUCAACGUCCGACUUGAAUGUGUUCGUUUUGCUAGUCAGUUUAUUCUAUACCAUCCUUAUCUAGUACAAGACCUAACUGAUAAGUUGAGUGAGCGAGUUCACGAUGCUGAAGAAUCGGUACGUCAGGGUGUAGUCAGUAGCAUCAUCACAGCUGCCAAGAAAGACAUGACAAAUGUAACCCCUGACCUGUUCAACCUAGUCAAGGAGAGAACACUCGAUAAAAAGUGGUCAAUCCGUAAGGAUGCUAUCCUGGGCCUGAGUCAUGUGUACAAGAAAUGGUAUUACAACCCAGAAUCUACAAAUACAGAGAAGGUAAAGCUGGCAUGGAUCAAGGACAAGAUACUGCACAUGUACUACCAAACCAACAUGGAUGAUAAGCUGUUAGUAGAAAGGAUCUUUACCGUGUCAUUAGUUCCGUUCACUUUGGAAAAUGAAGAGAGAAUGAGAAGGAUGUUUGAACUUUAUGCAACUGUUGAUCAGCAUUCAGUCAGAGCUGUCAAUGAGUUACUUAAAAGUCAGUUUAUGGUACGCACCCACUUGCAGGGACUACUGGAACUCUACGAGCAAGAAGCAGACGAAAUCAGAGCAAAGAAAAUGUUUACAAAACUUAUUGUUAUUAGCAAAUGUUUGCCUGAUCCAGCCAAAGCACAAGAACAUCUCAAAAGGCUGCGUGAGGUGCUGGAUACAGAUCUGCGCAUUAGAAAAUUCCUACAGACCAUCGUCAGUCCAGGUGUCACAUGCAAGAAGGCAACGUUUGCAGUGAAAGAAAUUAUGAAGAAAUUUGGUGAUCCGUCUAGUCCAAAUGCAAUGUAUGAAACAGUUCAAAAAUUACUUGAACGUAGUGCACCGUUAACAAUAGACAGCGAAGCAGUGAAGGCCCUCAUCGAAUAUGUAGCGGAAGAGGCAUUCGGUCAGGGAGUUCCCAUCAGUGGUGAAGCUGAAGAGGGCGCUCUUGUCAGAGGCUUACAACUUCUGCAAACCUUAUCUGUGAUAUUUCCAGCAACCUUUAAAACGGAGGAAACGUACAAUAUACUAAUACAGUUGCUCGACAGCGUUGAUGAUAUGGUGUCCAAUGCGGCCUUACAAGUACUUAUCAACACUGGUGACAACUUAGAGUCUGCUUUUCCCAAGUAUGCUAAGAAAUUGAUACCAGUACUCCAAACCAGAGCCAGAGAAGGUACACCAGCUCAAGCCAAGAAAGCUAUUCUUUGCCUCAACAAAAUACUUGCAGACAAAAUUGCAGCUUUUAAGGUCUUAUUUGAGGAUAUUAAAGACAAAGUGAGUCUUGAAAAUGAGUACAUCUUAACCACGCUUACCACAUUGGGCCUCCUUUCAAAGUGUGCACCAGAGCAUUUCAGCAAUGCAAUGAAAACUGUGGUAGCUGUUAGUGUUGUAAAGGGAUUACUAAUGCUAGAUAACACAGAGGGAACACCAAGUAAAGGUAUAUGGUGUCAAGAUGACCAGGUGUGCUUAGAGACACAAGCUAAGAUUCAUGCUAUUAAGCUGCUUGUACACUGGCUUGAAGGUUUGAAGUCAAAUGCUGGAGGAUCAGGAUCAUCAACUAUUAGGCUCUUAGCAACAAUGAUCAAAAAUGAUGGUGACCUUAUGGAAAGGCAGAAGAUUCAGAGAACUGAUAUGGCUAGGCUGCGUCUAGCUGCAGGCUGUGCCAUGCUGAAGCUUGCACAAGAACCCUGCUUCUCAGAGCUUAUAACUCAAGAGCAAUUCCAACUAGUGGCUCUUCUUAUUAAUGAUGAAUGUUACCAUGUCCGAACCCGAUUUGCUAAAAAACUCAACAAGCAUCUGAUAUCACUGCGGCUACCACUUAGUUAUAUGAGUAUUUUCUCAUUAUGUGCCAAAGAUCCUGUAAAGGAAAGCCGGACACAGGCCAAGCAAUUUAUAGUACGCAACAUACAGACACGACGGGAGUGUGUACGCCAGCAUGUGAGGAAUAAUGCUCAAAUGAUGUCUUUGUUACCGGAGUAUGUUGUGCCAUAUACAAUCCACUUGUUGGCUCAUGAUCCUGACUUUCUCACCUUGAAGGAUAUAGAAGCACUGAGAGAUAUCAAAGAGUGUUUGUUGUUCAUGCUGGAACCACUAUUAGUGAAGAGUGAGAAUUUCAGCUUCCUCAAGAAACUUAUUGAAACUAUUAAAACCAUGAAAGAUGGGCAAAAUCCAGAUGAGAAAUCAGCCAACAGAAAAUUAUAUGCAGUAUGUGACUUAGCCCAUGGAUUACUGAUGUCUAAGAGUGCAAGUUUUGACCUGAAAGAGUACCCAACACCAACCCCACUGCCCUCUAAAUUGUUUGCUAAGCCAAAGAAACCACUCAACAACUCUGAGAGCUUUCUACCCAAGGCUAUGCAGCACGAGUUUAACCCUAGUGAUAAUAAACCAAAGAAUUCAAAUGACAAGCUUCUAGAAACACCUCCAAGGAAAAAUACCAGAGCUGGCAAAUCAAAAGACGUGGAUGAAGAAUCAACUAAGGAAACCAAAUCAACAGGUAGAAAGAAAUCUGAAAAAUCAGAUGAAAAUACACCUAGUAAAAUAAAUGACAAAAUACAGCAUGAAGAAGAACCUCCAUCAAAUAAACGAGGCCCAAAGCGAAAGGGUACAGUGGGAGCAUCUCCCGACAAGAGGCCAUUGAGGGAGUCACGAUCUUCUCAGAUUAGUUCCUCACCUUCAUCAAGUCCUACUAAGAACAAUAGGAAACGAGCCGCAGAAAAUUCUCCUGUUAAGAAAGCAGGAACGAUGAACAAACGGUUAAAAACUGAUAAAGUUAACGGUAUUGUACCGAAAAAAGGAAAUGCUAGACUGAAGUCGGCAAAUGCCAAAAAGUUAGACAAUUCAAAAUCUGUAUCAAGCAGGAGGAAAAAAGGCAGUCCAAGUAGUAGCGAAGAUUCUCAAACUGAUUCAUCCUCAGUGUUACAAGUUGAUAACAGGGGCAUGGUUAUACGGGACUUGUCAUCUCCUAGUAGCAGUAGUGGAAGUGAUAUAAAGAGACCAAGGGGGCGACCGUUAAAAUCACCAUCUAAUAGUAAAUCUCCCAGUACUUCAAGAGGUCGAGGAAAGUUGAAAGCUGUACCAGAAUCACAAAGUAUAAAAAGGUACUUCACCAAGGCUGCAGAAUCCCCAGCAUCCCCUGCUAAAAAGUCACGUUUUUCAUCACCAUCUUCGUCUUCGUCUUCAGUGUCUUCUAGCAAAGCAUCACCAGUUAAAAGGCCCAAGCAAUCUGCAAAUAAUAAGAAUGUAUCCUCACCAGGUCGACCAUCAAGGCAGUCUUCAAAUGUAAAGGAAAAUGCAAGCAAGUCUUUUGCUAAAAGAUCUAAUAAUUUUUCUAAAAAGUCAUCGCCCACUAAAAAAGUUCUGGCCUCACCAUCGCCAAAGAAAGCUAGCACUCGUCAGAUCCUCACAAGUCCAGCAAACUCAUCAAAAUCAUCUACCUCGGCCUCACCAGCUAAGCAAUCACCUAGAAAGUCAGCAGGAAAAAUCAACACGCCGCUCAAAAAUGCAAAUAAAGGAUCUCUUCUGAAAAGAAAUUUCUCAUCACCAGUCAAAAAAGCAUCACCAGUCAAAAAUGCAUCACCAGUGAAAAAAGCAACAACCCCAGUGAAAAAAGCAACACCGGUAAAGAAGAAUAUGAGAAAUGUACGGAGAGCGCCAUCAAGGUUAACAAAUGGAGUAGCAAGUUCACAUAGCAAAAGUGAUAAUAGUGGAAGAUCAAGCAGAAAGAUUAAGCCAACUCCCAAGGCAGCUGCGGCAGCAGCAGAAGCCGCAGAAAAACAAAGCAAGAAGUCAGUACAAUCAAGUCUUAAUAUAUCUCGACGAAGCCGGAAUAGGCGGAAAUAAACAUCCAAGAAUUCAUUGUCUAUAUUUAAGCCAUCCUGUACUCCAAGAAUACAAGAACUAAUCACCUUGUGUUGUGGGUUGCUGCUUGUCAUCUUGGUGUUGUAGGUUAGAAGUGCAGUUUGCUACCUUAAUGUAGUGGGUUGCAGGUGAAGCUUGCUAUCUUGAUAUAUUUGGUUGUGCAGCUUGCUACCUGAUAUAGUUCUUGUGGGUUGCAAGUGCAGCUUUCUACACUGUGCUAUGAUGUCUUGCUACUUUGAUGUAGUAGGUUGCAGCUGCAGCUUGUCAUCUUGGGGUUGUGGGUUGCAGUUGCAGAUUGCUACCUUGAUAUAGUGGGUUGCAGGUGCAGUGCUUGUCAUCUUGUUGUUGUCAGUUGCAGCUUAUGUUGGUGUGGCAGCAAAGCUUGCUAACUUGACUAUACCAUGGGGGUUACAUGUGCAGAUUGUUAUCUUGGUGUUGUGUAAUUGUUAGUUUAAGUGCAUUGGUCAACAAUUCUACUCUCUUAUUUAGUCAUGGAAGUCAAAGUCAUUCUAUUGUGUUAUUCAUUGGUAUUUAUACAUGGACAUUUUGAAGUUGUCUCGCAUGUCACAUCAAGUAUUUAAUUUUUAAUUAAAAUAUUUAUUUAAAAAUUCUGAAUGCAUUUCACAGAAUUUAAAAUUGUAAAUAAUUAAUAUUGAGUGACUGGGGAGUGUUGAUCGUUGUCUUUCAGUCAUUUAGGUAGUCAUUAUGUUGCAAGGUAAAAAGGGGCCAAUCUGUACAUGAUUAUUUUGAUUAUUUUUUUUCUUAGUGAAUUUUUUAAUUUUAUUUUAAAUUACAAUCCAGAGGUUACUCUUAAAAUCAUAAAAAUCAUUAAAUAAUUUAAUGACUGUGAACAAGAUUAACAUCUUGAUUAAAUAUUGCAUAUACAAUAUGUUUGAUAGAGCUUUUGUGGCAUAUAAUUGAGGCCACCAAACAUGUAAAUUGAUGUUGAUGCUCAAUUUUUUUAAAAUGUCUUAACCUAAGGUUCAGUGUUGUUCUCAUUAACUAACAUGCAUGGAUAUCUUCAUAAAAGUUCCUUGAGAGUUGGAAAGAGUUCAAAUGUAUAUUGUUGCGUGUUCUGACCGGAUCAGCAUUGUUCUGUGCAUGCACAUUAGUGAGGACAAUAUACUACAUACUUGCAUGCAAAAUUAUGUUGUUAAGUGGGAGGGGAGGAUGUGUUUUAAAACUGACUUACAAUGAGACUAUUGGCAUGUUGGAUGUGAGAGUUUUUUAAGGGUUUUGUGGGGAGAAUAUUUUAUAUGAUGUCUUAGUGUGAUUUUAGAAGAUUAUUUCUUAGUGUUAAUUUUUCAGUUUGUGGAGUAAUUGUAUUCUGGCAAUUUUAAAUGAAUUGGGUGAGGAUUGUUUUUCUUUUUUUCUUUUUCUUUUUUAUUUGAAGAUUUUGUGAUAGGAAAGCAAUAAAGGAUCUCAAAAAAAUGAUUGCUUUUUUUUGUUUUUUUUUUAGAAAUGUGAUUUUGAAGCUAUUAUUGAACUUGAGCUUGAACAUCAAAGUUGCUAUGCAUGUCCAUAUAUGUAAAUUUGAUAAUGAUUUGAUUGAUGUGCCAAUCAAUUCAAUAAUGUGUACCUUUCAAGUACUGUAAUGAAAAUAACAUUGUGAAUGUGCUUGAUAUGUAUAUGUUGUGGGGAUGUUAUCUCCACAAGCUAUAUUCCUAACUAUGUUUAUAUACUUAUAUGCAUUUUUUAAUCCAUACGAAAUGUUGUAUCUUAGCAAGAAGGAAGAUACACCGUGGUUUUACUACAAAGCUUAAAAUGGGGAAUUGGAAUAAUCCUAGUGAGAGACACUUCAAUUAUUGCAUUUUAUGCUAUUAUGAUGCAACAUCUUUUAUUAUUUAUAAUGUAUUAAGUAAUUGUCUUAAUUUAACAAGUAAAACAUUUCUGUUUUGGUUAUUGCCAUGUCUGUAUUAUUUGAUUUUAAAAAAUAGGCACAUGAUGAGCAGGUAAUUGUUGAUGUUGUGAAUCAGGCAUUCAAAGUAAUAUUCAAAAGUAAAUGGAAUUAUGUUAACUAAUUUUUGAAAUGCAAUGUUAUUUUUAAAACAUCACCCUCAAUCAAUUUUACAAGAUUGAUUAUGUAUUUGAAAAUAAUAACAUGUUUGUGUAUUUGAGUGAGUUUGUAACAUAAUAGUUUCAACUUUGUUUUUAAUCCCAUGUUAAUUGUCUUUUUUUUGAGAUUGUAAAUAAUACUCUUGGGUUUGGA